AUGGUGGCGACCAGCCAGCCUCUGGCCAGCGAGGCCGGGCUGGCCAUCUUGAAAAAGGGCGGCAACGCACUGGAUGCUGCCAUCGGCACGGCGCUGACGCUGGGCGUGGUGGAGCCGAUGUCCACCGGCAUCGGUGGGGAUGCUUUUUUACUUUAUUAUCGAGCUGCCGACCAACGCAUCUACGGGGUCAACGGCAGUGGGCGCUGCCCCAAACGCCUGACGCUGGACGCUUUGCGGCAGCGGGGCAUCGAGGGCGUGCCGUCAAAGGGCUGGGGGUCGGUUACCGUGCCCGGGGCCAUCGACGCCUUUGCGGAGGUGCUGGAGCGGCACGGCAGGCUCAGCUUCGCGGACGUCGUCGAACCCGCCCUGAUGUAUGCGCGCGACGGCUUUCCGGUGAGCGAGGUCAUUGCCGAUCAAUGGCAACAUGACGCGCCGCUGCUGUCGCAGCAUCCCGCCAGUGCCCAAGCGUACCUGAUUGACGGCAAAGCGCCGCGGGCCGGCGACAUCCAUCGACAACCCCACCUCGCCGAAACGCUGCGGAUCCUCGCUGACGAAGGGCGCGACGCCUUCUACCGCGGCGACAUCGCCAAGCACAUCGUGGCGUUCUCGCAGGCCGAUGGUGGCUUUUUUGAUCUGGAAGACUUCGCCGCCCACACCACUGAAUGGGUAGAGCCCAUUGGCACCGAUUACCGCGGUCACACCGUCCUGGAACUGCCGCCUAACGGCCAGGGGAUCACCGCCCUGAUGACCCUGAACGUGCUCGAGGGUUUUGACCUCGCGGCCCACGCAUACGGCUCCGCCCCGUACUACCAUCUCCUCAUCGAGGCGACCAAGCAGGCCUUUGCGGACCGCAACCGUUACAUCGCCGAUCCCGCCUUCGCGAGCGUGCCGGUCGCGGGGUUGCUUUCCAAAGCCUACGCCGCUACUCGUCGCCAGGAGAUCGACCCCACGCGCGCCGGCGAUUUUUCACCCGGCACGCCGGCGGCCCUCGGCGACACGGUGUACGUCUCCUGCGUGGACGCCGAGCGUAACGUCGUCUCCUUGAUCCACAGCCUAUUUCAGGGUUUCGGUUCCGGCAUCGUGGCGGGUGACACGGGCAUUUGUCUGCAGAACCGCGGUGCCGGUUUCGUCGCCGACCCCAGCCAUCCGAACGCUUUGCAACCGGGUAAGCGCCCCUUCCACACCAUCAUUCCGGCGAUGAUUCUGCGCGACGGCAAGCCGUGGCUGUGUUACGGCGUCAUGGGCGGCCACAUGCAGGCGCAGGGGCACGUGCAGGUAGCUCUCAACAGCAUCGAUUUUGGCAUGAACGUCCAGGAGGCUCUGGAGGCGCCACGCUGUCGCAUCAUGGGCGGCCGCGAAGUGGCGCUGGAACACGCCGUCCCGCAGGUGGUGCGGGACGAGUUGGGCUUUAUGGGGCACGAACUGUGGCCGCGCGGCGCGCAAAACGUAUCUUACGGCGGCGGCCAAGCCAUUUUGAUCGAUCACGAACGAGGUGUCUUGCAAGGUGGGAGCGAUUAUCGGAAAGAUGGAUGCGCUCUGGGAUAUUGA